AGAAGGAGCCCGAAGAGGCGAAGGCGACCGAGGGGGGGGGGACUUGGAAGCGGGGGUCUCCCGGGCGCAGCCAUGGCUCCGGGGGGCUCCUGGGUCGGCUUCUCGAUCGGGCUCCUCUUCUCCUUGCUGGAACUCUGGUUUAUCGAAGGGCUGAGCCUGGAGCCCAUCUACUGGAACACCUCCAACAAAAAGUUCCAGAACGAGGGGGGCUAUGUCCUGUACCCCCAGAUCGGCGACCGCCUGGACCUCAUCUGCCCACGCUCGGUGCCGCUCGGCCCCUUCUCCACAGAGGACUAUGAGUAUUACAAGCUCUACCUGGUCCAGACGGAGCAGGCAGAACGCUGCGAGAUCCUUCGGACCCCCAACCUGCUGCUGACCUGCGACCGGCCCGAGCAGGACAUGCGCUUCACCAUCAAGUUCCAGGAGUACAGCCCCAACCUCUGGGGUCACGAGUUCAAGACCAACCAGGACUAUUACAUCAUCACGACGUCCGACGGCACCAAGGAAGGCCUAGAGAACAUAAAGGGGGGUGCCUGCCUGUCGAAAGGCAUGAAAGUUGUCUUGAAAGUCGGCCAGCAUCCCAACACGGGCUCGAAAUCUCAGAAGUCCGUUCCAGACACGCCCGCUGAGAAGGAGCGAGGGUCGUCAGGUGCCGCCGAGCCCAGCAAGGAGAUGAACCCAGGACCCCCAACAGGAAACACCACGGGCAAAGUGGGGGGAGAGAACGGGCCCCUGCCUCAGUCCAACGUGCCCAUCAUCGCCGGGGCCGCCGGGGGAGCUGCCUUCGUCCUGCUGGUGGCCGCCGCCGUGACGGGAGCCCUGUGCUAUCGCCGCCGCCGGGCCAAGCACAGCGAGUCGCACCACCCGCCUUUGUCACUCAGCACCCUGACCAGCCCCAAGCGUGGGGGCGGGGGCGGCGGGGGCAACAACAAUGGCUCGGAGCCCAGCGACAUCAUCAUCCCGCUCAGGACUUCAGACAGCGCCUUCUGCCCCCACUACGAGAAGGUGAGCGGGGACUACGGCCACCCCGUCUACAUCGUCCAAGAGAUGCCGCCGCAGAGUCCGGCCAACAUCUACUACAAAGUAUGAGAGGGAGGGGCAGCCGAGCGCCCUCCGCUUGCGUCUCCAACCCCGAGGCGGGGAGGGGAGAACUCAGCACGGCUGGGGUGGACGGGACGAGCCACCCUGCACCCCUCCCCCCUAGCCCCGGCCGCUUGACCGUGGGGUCAGUGCCUGAGCCGUCCUGCAGCAAUCAGGGGGUUACUGGGACAUGGAUCCUUUUCUCCUGGCGAUCGUCCCCUUUUGAUGGAUUCUGGCCUGGCUUGGGUUGACAGAACGAGGGAUACGACCUCCCCACUUCCUGUCCAGUCUCACCCCAUUUCCCCCUCUUUCUCUCUCUACCUACAAAAGGGCUGAGCCCCCCUCCCCCACCUCAGUCCCUCACCCCAGGUCAACUGAGUCCACUGUGGAAUGCGGUACGGACGAGGUUAACGGGGUACCGCAGUACCCGUUUCCUGGCUUUCAAGCCUCAUAGCGGAAGGUAUCUGUUAGUGAGUGGGCCGCACUCCGUUUCAACCCAGAAGGGUUCACGUACCCAUUCACGCAGGUCGGUCGAAAUGAAUUUGGGAACCAGCCUUCCCAGGCAUUGAUUCAAACAGUCACUUCUUCAAUGAUUUCCAUGCACAAAUUCAAAUUUAUUUUCUUGUCAUUCAUUCAAAAAACACACCUCAGACAAUGCUGUGGGGGGGUAGCGGUCUUAGGGAGAAAGACCCGAGGGUGGGAAAGGUUGCAUUUGAGAAAGUACUACUGAUCUGAUUCCAUUAUUGCCUUAAAAAAAAAAAAUCUGUUGAGGUUUACCUCCCCCCCCCCCACUAAAGUGCCCCUCAGAAUGGAAGUUUCAAAGGUGCCGUUUUGAAAUUUGGGAUUUGGUUUUCGAAAUGGUGCGUGACUUUCAAGUGGUGGAAAGUUGAGCUCUGUUUCCGAGUCCUCCCCUCCUUUUCUUAUUGGCUCGGUCGGCCUCUGGGAAGGAGAGCAUACCAUCGCCUCUCCUUUGGUACCCCUCGCAGACAACGGGGGUGGGGGGCAUAGUGCCAGUGCUGAAGGUACUGGCCUUCCAUCAUUUUGAGUCCCUUAGGAAAGGGGUUAAAGAGACACAGCCACUGACCCCCCCCCCAACAGGUUGCAAAACCUGGCGUAUAACAUGGAACAGGUACCACCUGAACCCCGCCUCCGCAGCUGAUGUGGAUGCCGAAGGGAAUCCAUUUUGUCCUUACUACACCCCCAAACCCUGAGCCCAUCGUGGUUCCUCCCCCUGCGCUCCUUCGGGUGCACAGAGGGUGACCGGAUAUAAGAUGAAGGAGGCCUUUUCUCUACCAGUGUUUGGAUCGGGGAGACUCGACUGACAAGCACAAUCCCCAAAUGGGACUUUUGAUAUCGGAAGAAGAUUGCUUAUUUAUCCACCGGUGGCCAUUUUGGAAGCCUUUCCUUGUUUAUUCGGUUGGCAAAAGAAUCACAAACAAAAUGGCCUCCUUGCCUCCGUCGGACCGUGGCAAGAAUCCGACCGGGGGAGGGGUUUGUCUCCGAGCAGCGUUGGGUUUUGUCGUCCGGUUCGGGGGAGAACGUGGUUGUGACUGAAUUCCUACCACACGGGCGCAUCCGGUGGAUUUUCUGAAGCAGAGUUAUCGUGUGUGAAGUUUGUGAAACGCAACAGAGGCAGGACUUGGUGUAUAAGACUGGCUACGUGGCUGAGCAUUCCUGUUUUUGGCAGGGAAACAAAACUAAACACAAAAAAAAAAGAAAAAAUGUGGUCUUUUUCAGCUUUAACGGAGUUUUUUUUGUUCGUUUUUUUUUUAAUUUUGAUGGAAGAGUUUCUUAGCUUUG